AUCAAUAGGCGCCAUGCGCGUUCAAUCUCUAUAUUUCUUAUCGAAUUUCAUACUCACAUAUACCGCAGCCUACAUCACGUCAGUGUGCAUAAAAAAAAACGAGGAGUUUUCCAUGUGUGCGUGGAAAUGUGCUCCGACUUGCGUGAAUAUUAAGAUGUUGUCGGCGAACGCUACUUGCCCGCUCCCUUGGGCUUGCCAUGUUGGCUGCCGAUGCGCCCCUGGGUUCCUCAGGGAUGAGUGGUCGAAGGAGUGCGUUAUGGUUAUGGAUUGUCCAGAAUACGACACGUGUCCCCCCGGGGAGAGCAUGGGCUACUUCAUGCAGUGCAUGCGGCCUAUGAAGACUAGCCGCUUCAACCAAUCGCAUUGGCAGAACUACCCUGACCCACGGGAAUCCACAACGGCUAAAGAUUAUGAAUAUUUAAUUUGACGUACUCGCUUUUGACGCCGCGCGCGCAUCCCUAAAAUGACGCUCGGAUAGCUAUUUUAAGC